ACUACAUUUGUUUAGUUAUUUGAUGAAAUUUUUGUAGCAAGUAUUGAGAUAAUGAUUGUGGGUGAACGAAGAUUUUCAGUAUAUACAUUGGAAGAAGGAGAAGUUCUUCUUUGGGAUACUGUUGCAGAAUAUCAGCAAGUUAGUUCGCAACAGAAAGAAAGCUUUGGUACUCUGAGAGGUACAGGUCGUUUGAAGGUUGCUACCCACGCUCUAUAUUUUGACUUUGACGACUGGAGUUUACCUAUCCUCAAGCUUCUUUUCAAGAAGGAUAUUCACCUUUUAAAAGGGGAAGGGUUGAAUCUAAAAGAUGUUGCAGAAUAUGCUGAAAUCUUCGAAUUGUCUUCUCAGAACAGUGACGUCUCUCUCAUAAAAGAAUGUUUUCCAGAGCGCUCUGUAGUUAAUACUGUCUUUUUGCGAAGUAAUAUAGCAACUUUUUUGAAGGAGGAAGGAUAUGAUCACCCUCAUAUACGUGAAACAUUCAGAGCUUUGCAUGCUAUACAUUCUCCGUACUCGACCUUGGAAGUAGUGUACACUUUGUGUAGUGAGCUUCUGAUGGCAAACAAGUUAGAAAGAGAGGAACGUGACUUGCGAUUGCAUGAAAUUGUUGUUUCAAGAAGGAGAAUAACUCCGUUUGAUAUAACUUGGUUGCAAUUUGGUCUCAGCGAAUCCACGAUUUUUGACGAGUCUUGUUUUUUGGUUUACCCUUUGUCAGAAGAUCAUGGUCGUAUUCGUUUGACUACUUGUAAUGUAUACUUUAUGCCCAUUCAUUCAGGAGGUUUUGAUUCUUCACCAGUGGAAAGAUACUCUAUUUCCUCUAUACACUGUGUGCGAAGGCUAGAGUACCGUUCUUUCCCUUGUGCAUUGGAAUUCUGGUUCUCAGACUCUGGUCCUCUUUGGAUGGUGGUCUUUGAGAAUCAGGAAACACGCGACAAUAUAUACAAACAGCUGAUGGAAUCAACUGCAGCAAAGGAACAAAAGAAUUCGUUAAUUUAUUUGUCAGCUUCUUUGAGCCCAGAAUCCUUAUUGCAUUUAUGGCAGAAAAGGAAGAUUUCUAACUACGAGUAUCUGCUAGCACUCAACUUUCAAAGUGGCAGGACUUUUCUAGACAUUUCUCAAUAUCCUGUUUUUCCAUGGAUUUUGUCAGACUACAAAAGUGAAAGUAUUGACCUGGAAGACUCACGAAGCUAUCGAAAAUUGGAUAAUAGCAUCGGUGCCUUAAAUAUCGAGAGAUUGAGUACUUUAAUGCAGCGAUGCAAUGAUAUGCCAUCGCCGAAAUUUUUAUAUGGCUCUCAUUACUCUUCUCCUUGUUCCGUUGUACAUUUUCUUGUUCGGAGCGCACCAUUUCUUAUGCUAAAAUUGCAAAAUGGUCGAUAUGAUCAUCCAGGUCGCCUUUUUCGAGAGAUAUCAGAAACCUGGACAAAUGUAAAUAACCAAGUGAAUAACUUUAAUGAACUUGUGCCAGAGUUUUUUUCUAUAGUCGAAAAUGAGUUACCUGAAAACAGUCUCACAAGAUUCAGCGGACGUACAUGGUACCCAGGAAUUUUCUUAGUGAAUGAAUAUGGUAUUGAUUUUGGAACUUGUCAAGAUGGUAGAAAGGUGGAUAAUGUUGAGUUACCUCCGUGGGCCAAUGGAAGUCCUUCAGAAUAUAUUAGAAUGAACAGAAAGGCGUUGGAAUCUGAUUAUGUUAGUGAGCAUCUUCACCUUUGGAUUGAUCUUGUGUUUGGCUAUAAGUCUAGAAGUCUUGAGAAUCAUAACCUAUUUUUUACUGAUGUAUUUGAAACGCAAAGACCAGAUAUUGCUGCAGAGUUCGGGCGAACUCCUAAGAGAAUCUUCUCAGUCCCUCAUCCAUCCAGAAAUUUUGAUGUUAGCAAAGGCAUUCUUGAAGAAAGCAGAUAUUUCAUCGGAGAAAUUUUUAACUUGCAUGAAUUUAGCAAAGUUUCUGCCGAAAGCAACUUCAUUGUAGACGCAACUGUUACUGCAGAUAUGAUAUUCACAGUUUGGAAUGACGGCGCAUUUCUGUCUCAUGCUUUGAAUACAGAAGACGUCGGCAAACACUUCAGAAGACUUUCCCUUUCUGCUUCAUCAAUUGAAGAACGCCUUAGAAACUGCAAAUUUACCGUGGUUAGAGAAACUUCCACUGAUUGUGUGAUACUUGGAACGGAUACAGGUUCACUUUUGUUCUAUUCUGUGUCUCUUGGUAUCUUAUCUAGUAUCUGUAUAGAUGCUCAUCAAGGGGAACUCUGCAGUGUUCUGUUUGAGGCAGAAAGUAACACAGUUAUAUCUUCAUCAAAGGAUGGAACUAUUCGUUGUUGGGCUUGUGAGAAAGAAUCGGGCCCUCUUUCAAACUGUGUCUUAUCCGGUCCAGGUAGACUUGUUUAUGAUUUAGAUGCAGAAGAUAUUGUACAUGAUAUUGCCAUGGAACGGGAUCCUGUUGACUCACAAACUAUGCUUGCAGCUGUUGUAGAUAAUGCUUAUGUACUGUUGUGGAAGCUAGAUCUUAUUUGUCGUCAUUCAGAUGACCCAGUAUUACGUCCUUUGAUAAAAAUUUCCUCGGUUUUGUCAAGUACUUUCAGAAGCAUGGUCGUCAGGGACAAUUUGUGCUUUUGUGAACCAUGGGAUAACAGUGGAUAUACUACUGGUUUGGUUUGGAUGUCUUCCAAUGGGUUAAUGGAGUACGAUGUGAUUGACAGUAUCUACUGGAGUCAUUUGAAGCGGAUGGAAUGGAGGAAUCAAGCAUCGUUCUGGUCACGAGUGGAUAAAUGUCAUAUUCUCGUUCUUGAGUCGAAUGGACAAUUGAGUCUAGUCCGCUUUGCUUAUUCUCAAGGUAAAAUGGAAAUAGUGGCAACGAAGUCAGUCGAAGAUAUCGAUACUGGUGAAGUUACCAAGAUUGGAUGUUAUGUUUCGGAUAUUGGAAAGAACAGCUUUGCCGCUUACAUUGUGCUUCGAACAGGGAAAAUUUUUGGAUGUAUUCUUUCGGUUUAGGUCUUUACAGUGACUGUUUGAAACAACG